GGAAUGUGUGCGGCUGAUGUGCGACUGCUUGAUGUGCGCGUAUCGAUAAACAUUAACCCUAGUGCUUCGAGUGCUGUGCAGUAGUUAUCUAACUCGAUAAUGGGAGAUUGCGUUGGACGUGCAGGGAACCACAACAACAGCAACAACGCUAGUAGAAACAGUGCAUCGCCAGUGAUCGUGCUGCCGAACGGUGUGAUACUGAACCGCCGUCCCAAGUCGGAUGCAUCAGCGGCCCUGAACGAGUGUCUACUGUGCUGGAACCAACCGCAAGAUCCGAGCCGCUGUCCGAACUGCGCUCGCCAGUACUGUCUGCAGUGCAUCACCAAGUGGUUCGGCACGAAGCGGACCCAAACGUCCGGCGGUAUCGAUUGCCCGAACUGUCACUCCAAGCUACCACUCGAGAACCUGGUGCAGUGUGCGUCCGAGGUGAAUGAUACGCUGGCAGCCGCAUGCGAAUCGGCACUCCUCACCAACGGAGCUGUCGGUGAAGGUUGCAAUGGGUCGGCUACACCUAAGCUGAGCAAUGGGACGGCGCCCGUGGAGAAGGGCACGAUUCGCGUCGUGGUGAAGGUACUGGAAAGCGAUGCCGAUGCGUCACCGAACGACGGACACCCAUCGCCUCCAUCGAGGAACGGCACGCCGACCGGUGCGGUGCUUACGAACGGUUCCAGCUCGGAAAAGAUGCAUCCGCCGGUGACGAAUGGCAAGCAGCAUGGCAAACGGAAGGAUAACACACCGGGCAAACCGUCACUCUCGAACGGUGCCGGAACGGAGCUGGACGCAGUGGAACAGUUGAGGAAGCUAGGAUCCGGACCAUUGGAAAAUGGUCGAAAUAGGCCAAAAUCGCAACCGAUCAUCUGCAACGGUGUGCAUCCGGAGACGUCACCGUCAAAGAGUGCCGAUCGCAAGAGCAACCAGGCGAAUGGAAAACCCACGGUGACGUUCGAGGAACCGAAGACGACCCGUAGAAAUGGAUAUCGCCACAGCAAGCAAACGGCCGAGAGUGAAAAGGUCGUCCAGUCCGUUGAAAAGCAAUCAUCACCUCCCGUAGAAACAACCCCAACAGUUGAACAGACUGAUCCAAGUCCACCGCGGGAAAAGGUUCCACUAGAAGCUGGCAACAGGGGGAAUGAAGAUAAUUUGUGUCCUACGCAUGCACUUCCAAUGCUCUUUUUCUGUCUCUCGUGCAAUGGGUGUAUCUGCGAGACGUGCGCGCUGCACGACGACACGCACGCCGAGCAUACGUUCAAGAAGAUCACCACCAUGUACGACAGCAAGGUGGAAAAGAUCCGGCACGAGUUUGGUGGUAUUAAGGAGUAUCUGGCCGACGUGGGUACCGUCCUCAGAGCGAUCGAGCAAAACAUUGACUGGGUGCGGGCAUCCAAAGCACGGAAGCUACAAGAACUCAGCCAACUGCUCCACACCGAAGCGGAAAACAUUGAGCGCCAGAUCCAGGCAAAGCUGACACUGCUCCAACGGCAGAAGGACUCGGUGAGUGCGGAGAUUGCACGCGUUACCGGUGCUUACAGACGGUUGGAAAGCGAGCUGAAGGUUUGCCCGAAGCCGGAGCUACUGUUCAAGGACGAUGACUUUCUGCAGCGUUGUAGUCGGCUGAUCGAAACACCUGCAUCGAAAGCUUUCCGCCAUGAGCACGUCCCGGUGGAUCUGGAUUGUGAGUUUGUUCCCGAGUUCCGAUCGGAGGUGUUCGUCAUCAAGAACUAUCACGCGAUCGAACCGAUGGAAGAGUGCCGAACGUCGGAUGUCCUGCGGGAUGUGGUAGGAUUCGGGUGGCGCUUACACAUCUGGAAGAGUGAUCAUCUGUCGGUGACCCUGAUCAUGACGGAAGGCGUUAUUGGAAGAUACGAAUACUGCAUCGAGCUGAUGCACGAGGACCCAACCAAAGCGAUCCGAUUGACGCAGAUCGAUCAUUUCGAACUGCACCAGACAGGCCCGGUACAUGAUCUGAUCGAAAACGAACAGCUCGAGGUGGAAGGUUUCCUGAAUCCUGACGAUGACUCACUGCAGAUCAAAUUCUCCAUCCGUCCGCCCACGAUCGUCAUGGUUAGCCGCUACCAGCAAGAGUUUAUCGAUCGCUUCAUGAAAGAUAACAUCAACGAGUACGAUAGCAAUGUGAUUACGAUCUGCAACAUUCGCGAUCCUACUACCUCGAUCGUGCUGUCGAAACAGUACACCGAUACGGUUGGAUCCCGGUGGCGGCUAAACGUGUAUCCGAAAGGGAACAACACCAACCAACGCUACCUGAGUACGUACGUCGAGCUGUGUGAUGGUAUCGCUGGAAGAUAUCAGUACACGGUCGAGCUGCUGCAUGACGAUGUGACGCGUCAGGUAAAGUUCCAAUCGGAGGAUCACUUCACGGUGGGCGAAAUACGAGGCUAUCAGAAGUUUAUCCGCGUUCGACGACUGCUCGAGGAGGGCUAUCUGAAUGAGGAAGGAUCCAUCUUGAUACGACUUUCGAUACGACCGGCCAAUCUAGCGCUACGGUGCCAAUAUCAGGAAGAAUACCAAACGCUCAAGGAGGAGAAACUUCGUACUCAGUUCAAUACUCAGCUGAACCAGAAUCUGAUGAGGAUAAAGAGUUUACGCGACGACAAUGCGUCACUGCAAGCGCUCGUGUAUCCUGAGUAUGCGUCCAACAUUUUUGUGGUCCGCAACUUCAGCGCAUUGCGGGAAGCGCAGGAAGACAUCUGUUCCGACAAUGCGUACGACGAUCUGGGCUGCUGUUGGCGGUUGAUCGUGUACGCCGCCGGUGACAAGGAGGGACGUGAUGAAUGGCUUAGCGUGUACCUGAGACUGCUAGAAGGCAUUCCGGGAAGCUACGAGUACUGCGUGGAACUGUUGCAUAACGAUGCGGCAAAAACGGUCAAAAUGGAAGGUACACAAUCGUUCGACAUACAGGAACGAUUCGGGUGGACACGCUUCGCCCGGCUGGAUUGGAUCUGUGCGAAUGGGUUCGUAAGCGAGGAACAGGAUGCGCUGUACUUUCGCUUCUCGUUACGACCACCGAACUACAAGGCAAAGUGCGAGUACCAUCAUCUUCUGCGACUGGAAGCGAAGCGGGAGUGUGAGCUAUUGAAACGUGAACUAAUCCCGGCAUACAGUACGAUGACGUACACGCUGCGCAACUUUUCCGAGAUGCAGCGUAAGGACAGCUUCAUCUAUUCGGAGCCAUUAGUAGACGAUCUAGGAUUCUCGUGGCGGCUACUAAUUUACGCGAAUGGACACAACGAAGCGCGUGGCAAUCAUCUCAGUGUCUAUCUCAUACUGUUCGAAGGAGUAUCUGCUAGCAGGUUCGAGUAUCGGGUGGAACUGCUGCACCAUCGAAAUCCAACCGCAAAUAUCAAAAUGGAGGGCGUGAACGUGUUCAAGCUGAAGAAGAUCUGGGGUUGGCCACAGUUUAUGGAUCACGAGCGGCUACAGGAGGAAGGCUAUCUGGACCAGUCGACGGACACGCUCGAGUUUCGCCUAUCGAUGUGUCCACCGGACAUAAAGCUAAAGUGUGAAUAUCAGCAAGAGUUUAUACGCAAGCUGAAGGAGAACCAGAAAUAG